GGAGAAUGGGCCAGUGCAACUCAAAUGAUUAUGAUGUCUCUGUUAAGACUGGAGAUAAAAAGGGAGCAGGCACGGAUGGAAAUGUUUAUAUCGCAUUGACCGAUGAAAAUGGGAAACGAUCCAGUGAUUUUAAACUUGAUAAGAUAUUGAAGGAUGACUUUGAGUUAGGACAUACUGAUACAUUUUCAGUUGGAAACUCUUCAGGUUUUAAGCAUAUUACACAGCUUGACAUUUGGAGGGAUAAGACAGAUAGUAAUGAUACCUGGUAUGUUGAGAAAAUUGUAGUUGAGCGAUGUAAAGACAAGGACCAAACAAUAUUUCCCAUACAUCGGUGGGUUCCAGCAGGCUUUUCCAUUAAACUAAAGGAAUAUGACUCUUUGUUACCACAGCAUGACACAGAACUUGAACAACGAAAGCGAGAACUUGAAGCUAAGCAGAUUGAAUAUCAGUUUAAAGUGAACUUGGAAGGGGGGCCAGCGCAGAUAAAAGAUAUUCCAGUGGAUGAAAUGUUCACAAAAGAAUAUGAGUGGAAUUUAAUGGCUGUCCUUGCUAAAGCGAAACUAUCUUCAGAAGUACUGGAUCUAAUAGUGGGAGAGUUUGAGUGCUUAGAUGACCUGAAGGAUAUAUAUGGUGCUUUGUUUAGGAUUCCAGAUGGUAUGCAUACCUGGAAAGACGAUGAGGCAUUUGG